AGUGAGGCCCACAGCGCGCCAAAGCCCAAUCUGAGAACCAACCGACGAAAUCCGAGCAGCAGAGCCUCCGCUCCGCCUCCCGAUCCGGCUGGAUCCCACCCCGAGGAUGCGAGGCAUGGCCACGCCGCUCGCUCGUGCGCCGCUCCCGCGGGCCCUACCCCUACUUCGCCCCGCUCCCGCCGUCCGGUUGGCCUCGCGCGGCCGUUCCCGUGCCACGGCGGCCAGCGGUGAAGGCGCGGCUGCGCAGGUGCUCCGCACCUGCAAGAACUGCAAGCAGCAGUACGACCCGUCGGGGAACCACCCCUCCGCUUGCCGCUACCACACCGCCCACUUCGGAGGAGAAACAAAGAGAAAAUUUGAGAGCGUUUAUGCUGGUGGGACCAUGGAUACUCCAAAUUCAGGCAAAGUGUUCCAGUAUUGGCAUUGCUGUGGGUCUGAAGACCCAUUUGAUGUGGGCUGUACUGCUUCUCCUCACUGUUCAUAUGACGAUUGAAUAUCUCAUGCUUGCAUUAUGUUCUAGUGGAUUUGUGGUUAUACUUAUUAAUUGAUAUUUUCACAUGAAUAUUUGUUCCCAGGUUGUUAUUAUUUCUUA